AUGCUCUUCGAUCCCGAUUUCUGGGAUCGCUGCCUCGCUGGCCGGGGCAUGGCGCCGUUGCCUCGAUCAGCCAAUCCAAAGGGCAAACCAGCUCUCGAUAAGCCCUUUGCAAAGCCCUCUACAAAAUCGCGAAUCGUCAUCCCUCUCGCCUCAAAACCUGCCGACUACGUCCCGGGCAGCGGGCCGCCGUUGCAACCGGUAUCGUUACUUCUUCCCGGCGACUCUACUGCCUACAUCGCCGAGCGCCUUUUGCUUCCCUCGCCUGGACUUGCGCCCAAUGGACGGCCUCUACCGAAACGGAUGAUGUACCUCGUUGGGUGGCGCGACCUUCCGGCUGCGAGCAAGCUGGUUCCGGCCAUGCAGGUCCUGGAUUAUGUCUCCCCGCGAACCCUCGAGGACUUUGAAGAACGGUUGGAGCAGGAGUUGGACAACGAAAGGGAGAAAUUGGAAGCAGAGCUCAAGUCAGACCUGGCGGCGCCGCAAAAGGUGAAGAAGAAGAGAGGAAGACCGCCGGCGCACAGCCAGAUAGAGUCUGCAGUUGUCGCUGAGCCGGAAACCGUCGCCCAGGCAAAGUCACGGCAUAAGCCGGGCGCCAUGAGUCUCUCGACCCCCAAAAAGCCAAGAUUGGAGGAGUUUGAGUGGUUGGAGGAGGAAGAAGGAAACCCGUCACGACAGAUUGCUGAGGAGCAGUUUCAGAGCUUGCAUGGCUACCUACCCUUGGAGUAUGAAAUGUCCGAAGACACAGAAAGCCCUCUACCUAGCGAAGCACCGGAAGUCAUGCGAAAUGAUUCGCAAGUAGACACUGUUCCUAUGAAAAUAAAGCAGCCAAAAGUACCACCUAAACCAUCAUCGAUUAUACGACUCAGCACACCACCAAGGGUAAGCAACGGAGGACAGACGUUGGUCAAAACGCACAACUCACCGCAGCCCAACCCAAACUUCAAACAGAGCAGUCAAAUUCAGCAAGGGCCGGAGCUAUCAUCAUUUAUACCAGCGGGAGAGAGCACGAUACCGAAUCCCCCAAUGGUGAUUGCCAGUGAAGAGGGCAAGGCAGCUGCGGGCAAUCCAGCAGCAGCCAAACCAAAGACAUCGAAGAAAAGGCCCAGGUCUGAAGAUGAAACACCAAAGGCCGAGCCUCAAGGAGAAAACCAAGGGGAAACUGACUGGGUUGUGGAGAGAAUUGAAGACGUCGAAUAUUACGAGGUAGAUGGCCGUGGCAUAGUGCGAUACUUUAAAGUCAGUUGGGAAGGUGAUUGGCCACCGGACCAAAAGAGAACAUGGGAGCCCGAAGAAAACAUCCCGGCGAACCUUGUGCGGAACUUCUUCAAGAUAUCCAAAAGCAAACGGAAAAUCAUAGCCAAAUCGGGCACAGGCAAACAGAGCAAUUCCGCCAAGGAACUGAGCAAACCCAAACAAACUGGCCCCAAGAACGGCAUCUCCAAACCGAGCAGCCACAAACGGGGCUCUUUGAAGCAAUCAAAACUGACGUGGCCCGGAAUCUGCAGAAAGUAUAGCAGCGUUAGUGAGGCUUUUGCGGGGGACCAAGACAGCCUCGAUAUGAUGGAUGAGGGCUAUGACGGCGAAGAAGACGAGCUCGCUGGAGAUGGGCAUGACGAAUUCUUUGUCGUCACAGAAGGGGGCGAGAAUGAGCUGCAGAAUCAGAGUGUUUGGCCGACUGCUAACGCUGUAUCGACUGCACUCGGCGUAUUUCGGGGGUUUCAAUGA